GAGGCAGAGAACGUAGAGGAAUAUAUCAAUGGAAAUUUAAAGACAUCAAAUCAAAUUUUCGGCGAGAAGGUAUUUUAUAAAUCAAUUAUGGGAUUCCUUGCAUUUUUAAAAGACUAUUUUCUUGGUUUCUGGGAUUAUGAGACCCCAAAGAUCAUGGUGGUUAAAAACACAACUCUUGGAGUCAUAUACAGAGGAGUUCAGUUUAUUGUCAUCACCUACUUUGUCUGGUACGUGUUCAUAAGUCAGAAAGCGUACCAAGAGAGCGAAACACGUCCUGAAAGCUCUGUUUACACUCGCAUGAAAGGCUCAGCGAUUCGUGGCGAUCAAAUCCUGGACACUGUGGAAUAUGUUCGACCAUCAGAGGGUGGUGAUGUCAUCAGUACAAUACUGAGACGAGAAGUCACAUAUGACCAGAAGCCGGGAACCUGCGCCGAGUAUUUUGGGGUUGCAAAAGCCAACUGCUCAAGGGACUCAGACUGUGUCCAAGGAGAGGUGGACUUUGAUGGCCACGGUCGGCGGACUGGAAGGUGCAUUCGAUAUUACAACCGCACCUUUAAAACCUGUGAGAUCCAAACGUGGUGCCCUAUUGAGGAGUAUGCUGUGCAGCGAGAACCAGCUUUGGUGGAAGCCAUCAAUUUCACAGUAUUCAUCAGAAACUCCAUACGCUUCCCAAAGUUUGGAGUGCUGAGAAAAUGA